AUGCCUUGUAACCCACAAAAUGAAAAUUAUGUAAUCUCCGAGACCGAGAGCGACAUUUUUUCUGUAGGGCUUACAAAAGAUUCAUCUCCAGAAUCCUUUCACUCUGAGGAUAUGGACGGCGAUCCUCAUCGACGGAUAAAGAUCAGUAUGGAUAGAGAUUCAAAUAUAGAUGCAAGGGAGGAAACUGAUGUGGUUACAUCUGCUUCUGCCUGCUCAUCCAGCCACUUUCAGGUUUCAGAUAAAAUAAAUAUAGGUGAAUUAUCUAGUCAACUUCUAAAUGAUUCGACGAGUGAACACUAUUUUAUCUCCGCUGGGCAUGCAGACAACAGUUUUGACAAUAAUUUCCAGUCAGAAUAUCAGGGCACUGUGGCAGGGAUUGAGAAUCUGUCAAUAGCUGACCUAUCUUACUCAUUUCCAAUAGGUAGAAGUGAUCUCUACAACCCACAGGGGUCAGUGUACAGUUCAAAUCUGUCAAUGUCCGUCGGAGCACCUUCCACGUGGGAUGAGGCAUCCUGCCAGCUUGCAUUCAAACAUCAGAGUGAAUCAGGCUAUGAUGAUGCGGCCUCAAUUAGGGAAUCCGAGCAGUCACUUCAAUCGCAGACAGAGGAUUCCGAAGCUUUGGAAUUAAUCCUUUCGACUUCAGCCCAUGAUACUUUUGGUGGUGGCUCAUUUGGAAUAAGCGAUUUUAGUAAAAUUUUAGCUAAUCAAAUGUGCAUAGGAAGCAGCGAUGAUUCCCGCACUCCACCCAUAAAGCAAGGCAUAAAUAAAAGUGAGUCUAUGUUUCUUAUAUGCUACGAGGAGGAAGGUCAAACACAAGCAAAUCUUGAUAAGAAAAAUGGGAACAACAGCUCUGAUUGCAUAGCUAGCCUGAAAACUGACUUGCAUAUUGGCUUAAGAGAUGCCGAAGAUAUAUGCUUAAAGGCUGAAAGUGUAUGCUGCCAUUUAGAUGACGGUACAAGUUUGACUGUUCAGAAGUCUGAUAGCGCCAUCAGAAUGCCCUCUCCCAAGAUCUAUCCUAAACGAAAUGCUCGUCCUGUAAUCUCACAAACUACUUCGAUUUACUCUGCCCCAUCAGAAUGGCCAAACUAG